AUGAUUUAAUCUAAAAUGUUAGAAGAUGAAGAAGAGCUUCAUUGUUCUUUUAAUCAUAAACUUCCUAUUUUGAUGGUUGCAUGUGAUUUAAAAUUAAAGAAGAAUCAAAGACUUUUAUGCUCUGAAUGUAUUGAAAAUUUAGAAUCGCAACCAUAGUUAAUGAAUUUUAAGAAAGCCUUAAAAAUUAUUGAAGAAAAUUAAAAAUAAAAGAAAGAAUUCAUUGAGAAUGUGAUAAUGAUUAACAUAAAACUGAUUGAAAAACUCUUAAAACAAUUAUCUUAAUUAAAGUUUAAUGUAAUUCAAUAAUUAGAUUAAUUAAUUGGAGGUGUCGAUUAGUGGAUAGAACAUUUAUUAAAAAUUGGGUAUGAAAAUGCAACUUAUAGUUUUUUUGAUCAAUUAGAUAAUCUAAUUAACAAAAAAGAACUAGAUGAAUUCAACCAGAAAUCAUUAAUUGACCAAAUUAAUUAAAUUAACUAAUCAUGGGAUCAAAAUAUUGAAAAGAAAUUAAAUUUAUUUAAAUCAUUUUAAGAUAGUUAAAAAGGAGAAGAAAUAUUAACAAAGUUAAGAAAUAUCAAUGAAACAAAAUAAAAUACAGCAUUGUAAAUAUUGGAUGAAGUAAACUAUUAAAUGAUUGUCUAGACAUAAAAGAAAGCGAUUUAAGUUGAGGAUAGUUAAAAGCAUUUUGAAAAUUAAUUGAUGAUCAAUAAAGAAAUUGAAUUUCAAUUAAUUGAUGAUUCAAAUAAAUAGAUUGGAUCAUGCUAUACAAUAGCAUUUAAUAUGGAUGAAUCUAUUAUGGUUUCAAAUGAAAUGAGUUAGAUUAAAAUUUGGAAUUUUGAAUAAGGAAGAUUUAAAUUAUCUAAUUGUUAUAAUAAUCAUAGUGUUCCCGUUUUAUGUUUAGUUUAUAGCAAAAAAACAAAUAACUUCAUUUCUGGUUGUAUUUAUCAAGAGAUUAUCUGUUGGUAAUAAAUUAACUAAAAUGAGUGGAAGUGUUCAAAACCAUUCAAAUAACAUAGUAAUUCUGUUUAAUGUUUAAUUUUAAAUAAAUAGGAGGAUCAACUUAUUUCAGGAGGGAAUGAUCAUAAAAUAAUUGUAUGGAAAGUAGAUUUUAUCGAGAAUGAGCUAACUUUUCUGUAUUUUUUAGAUAAACAUAGUAAUAGAGUACUUUCACUCAGUUUUAACUAAUCUGAAACUUUAUUGGCAUCAUGUGGUUAUAAUCACUUUAUAAUUUGAGAAAAAGGAUUAUAAGGAAAAUGGGAAUUCAAAUAUAAUUAAGUUCUUCAAUAUGGAAAGAAAAUACAUUUCCUGAAUGAUGAAUAAUUUCUUUGGGUAACUAAGAAUAAGGAAAUUAAUGAUAUUUUGGUAUUUGAAUUAUUGAAUGGAGUCUUUUAAUAGAAUUCAAAUAAAACUAUCACUUUAAUUAAGAAUAAUGAAUGUGAAGAUUAUUUAUUUUUUUCAAAUAAUACAUAAUAAAGAUAAAAAUGUGAUAUUGAUAAGAAACAAGCAUCAUAUUUAUUUGAUAAGAUAAUUAAACAAUGGCACAUUUGA